CUUUCAACUGUCACCAUGGUGCGUGUCACAUUUGGUAUAAGUAGGUACCUAUAUACCCCACCCUUCACGGAUAAACCUGCGUAGUGAUUCCUCCAAUGAGAUACCACCAACAGUAGUUUAAGACUCUUCGAUAAACAACAAUACGAAGAUAUCGCCUGCUCAACCCGACAAAGUUGUCUCCAAAUUCACCUUUAUUACUGGUAAUAAGCUUCGAACGAACUGAAAAUCUGAUUAAUCUAAGAACUUCCCCUUUCGGAAUUCGAUAUUAUAUGCCGCUCGAAAUGACCAUGAUGCUUUAUAAUACUAUAUGGGCGCUUGUGCUCUUUUUAAGCACCGUGUCUGGAUAUGCUAAUCCUGGAGCAUGCUCGGGUACCUGCGUUAAUACGCACGAUCCGUCUGUCAUUCGACGAUCUGAUGGCAUAUACUUUCGCUUCUCUACAGGAGGCAAGAUAGCGGUUCAUACCGCACCAGAUAUUACAGGACCAUGGACGUAUAAGGGUGCAGCGCUUCCGUCGGGGUCGUCAAUCGAUCUUGAAGGGAACCAGGACUUAUGGGCUCCUGAUGUUGCUUUAAUUGGCAACACUUAUUACUUGUACUACGCAGUUAGUAAAUUUGGCGUGCAGGACUCCGCCAUUGGUGUUGCCACUUCGUCUACCAUGGACGUGGGCACAUGGAAAGAUUUAGGAUCAACAGGGAUUCGCUCGUCAUCCGGGAAGCCGUAUAACGCAAUCGACCCUAACCUCAUCAAUGUUAACGGAGAUUACCUCAUCACUUUUGGCAGCUUCUGGAAAGACAUUCACCAAGUAACCAUGAAGAAUCCGCCCAAGGCUGUGGCGAGUGGUGCCAGUGCAUCUCAAGUUGCUUUUGACCCUGUUAAGACCGACGAAGAGGGCGCCUUCGUAUUUAAACACGGAAACUACUAUUAUCUCUUCUUCAGCAAGGGCAAAUGUUGUGGUUAUGAUACAAGCCGGCCAGCUGCCGGUGAAGAAUAUAAGAUUCUAGUCUGCCGGUCGAUCUCUGCAACUGGUGGGUUCAUGGAUGCGAGUGGCAAAGCCUGCACUAACAGCGGUGGAACCGUGGUCCUGGAAUCCCAUGGAGAUGUUUAUGGGCCUGGAGGACAAGGAGUUUACGAUGAUCCUGUACAUGGACCAAUCCUUUAUUACCACUACGUUGAUACCAAGAUUGGCUUUGCGGAUGGCCAGAAGCAGUUUGGAUGGAACACUAUCGACUUUUCUAGCGGUUGGCCUAUUGUAUAAAAGUAAAUAACUACCUAAACUAGCUUCUUAAAUAAGAAGACUUAAAGCUUA